GGAUGGAGGAUUUGGAUGCUUUGCUGGAAGAACUGGAGCAGAGUUACUGCCUGGCUUCCAAGGACCAUGUGCUGCAGGGACCAAGCUCUAGCCAGGAUGCCCAGCAUGGCAGCUUGAAGGCACCGCUGCCGCCUCAAGCUCAGCCUCCAGGAGAAGGUUUGGAUUCAGUGUACAGCACCCCUGUGCCAGUCCCAAAGCCGCUGCUCCCCUCAGCCCCACACACAGAGGCCGCCCGGCAGCUGGAUGAGCUCCUGGCCGACCUGGGCCAUACACAGAGCAAGCUGGCAGCUUCAGGGCAGGGAGUUGGGGUGCCCACGGAGUCCUUGCUGGACAAUAUGCUGGACAGCCUCACCCGGGACCUGCAGGAGCUGGGCAUCACGGCCGCACCCGCCGGCGUCUGCGCCGCCUGCCGCAAGCCCAUCGCUGGCAAGGUGCUCACAGCCCUGGGCAAAACCUGGCACCCCGAGCACUUCACCUGUGCCCGCUGCGGGCAGGAGCUGGACAAGGGGCCCUACUUUGAGCAAGGAGGGCAGGCGUUCUGUGAGGAGGAUUAUCACCAGGCCUUCUCCCCGCGCUGUGCCUACUGCGCCGGUCCCAUCCGCGAGAAAGUCCUCACGGCCCUGGAGCAGACCUGGCACCCCGAGCACUUCUUCUGUGCCCACUGUGGGAAGAUGUUUGGAGAUGAGGGGUUCCUGGAGCGCAAUGGGAAGCCAUACUGCCACCAGGACUUCCUGGCCAUGUUCGCCCCCAAAUGCCAGGGCUGUGAGCGCCCUGUUAUGGACAACUACCUGUCGGCCCUGCAGGGUGUAUGGCACACCGAGUGCUUCGUGUGCACGGAGUGCCUGACUGGCUUCACCGGCGGGUCCUUCUUCGAGCUGGAGGGGAGGCCCUACUGCGAGCUGCACUUCCACCAGCGGCAGGGCACCAUCUGCCACGGCUGUGGCCACCCCGUCACCGGGCGCUGCAUCACGGCCGCAGGGCGCAGGUACCACCCCGAGCACUUCAUCUGCACCUACUGUCUGGGCCGGCUGCACAAGGGAACCUUCUGCGAGUACGACGACAAGAUGUACUGCCAGCCCUGCUACAACAAGCUCUUUGCCUGAGCCCCAGGUGCCCAGCACACAGCCUGGAUGUCCUCAGCAUUGUCCCCACCAUCAACAUGCCUGGCAUUGUCCCUGCUGACCCAAACACGCCUCAUAUCCCACCCAUCAACAUGCCUGCCGCUGGUCCCCCUCAGCCAACUGUCCCUAGCCUUGUGUCUGCCAAGCCAGGCUUCAUUCCUUGUCCCCCUCCUUUCACAACAUAUCCCUGGCACUGCUCCUUGGACCUGAAGCAAUAAAAUACCUGGUCCUGCCUUC